AUGCCGCCUCGAGUCGACACCAGCGCCACCUGACCCGCACCCGCUCGCUCUCGCUCACGCUUCGUGCUGUCGCUGCUAGGGUCUUCGCUCAUCGACUCGGAGCGCCGGCCGCCUCUCUCGUGCUCUUUUCGCUGUCACGUCACCUCGACACCGCGCGGUCGCGACUCUCGAUGUUGCGUCGGCUCUCUCGGUCACAGCGUCACCACCCGCUGCGCCGAGCAGCAAAGGCGAGGCGCAGCCUCGCAUCGGCGGUGGCCGACCGCCGUGCCGACGGAAAAAAUGCCUUCGAUCCCGCCGCAACCCUCCAUCUCACCGCCGCCGUCUUCGCCACGAGACCGCCUCCGGCGAGCUGGGCCGGCUCUCCUCGCACACGCGGCGCUCUCGAGCGCCCCAAGCAUAAAGAUUGCCGGGUGUCGUUAGGGUUAGCCAGGGUAGUGUUGCGGUUAGGGUUAGAGGUGGCACACCGUCAUGACGUUAGGGUUAGGAUCACGUCGUCGUCGAGAGCUAGGGUUAAGUUAGGGUUACACGCUCCCCCGCCA